UUAUGUAGAGCGUUUCCCUAGACGCCAUGUUGCUGAAUGAAAUUAGCUUCAAAACAAUUGAGAAACGGCUAGCAAUAUCAUUUGUUUUUAUUUAAUGGAAUAAUGCGUGUUUAGAGUUGUGGCUUCUUGUAGAUAUGACUUAAAAUUAAUUAAACUAGAGCUGAAAUCCCAUACCUUAUAAUCCUUCUUUGACGUAGCUCCAGUGUCACGCAAUGCACCAUGGGAGUGGAUCACAGAAUAUGCAACGACAGCUCCAAAAAGCUAAGUCUGUCAGUGGGUCAGAAGCAGAGGAACAUCAGCCAGCAAUGGCUGCCACACAGCAGCAAGCAACAGUUACCCAUCCUCAAUCUCCUGUAACCACUUUUUCCUCUGCUGCCAGCCCUUCAGCCCCCCAGUCACCCAAUUAUCAGAUAAUCAUGAGUCGAAGCCCGGUCACGGGCCAAAAUGUGAACAUCACUUUACAAAAUGUGGGACAGAUGGUGACUGCUAAUCAGCAGAUCACUCUAACUCCACUUCCUAUUCAGAACCCUGCAUCCCCUGGCUUCCAACACACUACACCUCAGUGGCGGUUUGAGCAUGCUUCACCUUCCUACAUUCAGGUCACCUCACCUGUCCCCCAGCCUAUUCAACCCCAGAGUCCCACCCAGCAAAGCCCAGUCUCUCUGCAAAGUGUUGCAAGGCCAGGGGCUCCUCCAACAGCAUUGGGAGUGUGUGGACAAAGCCCGACACGAUUUGUUGAAGCUGGAAUGUUAGUACGACAAAUCAGUUUAAGCGGCCAGUCCGGAGGAGGCCACUUUGUUUAUCAGGAGGGAACUGGAAUAACUCAGAUUGCACCAGCAACUCCUGGCCAGGUACAAUUAACUUCUCCAGGAACAGCAGGAUGUGUGAGGGAACGUAGGCUCUCACAGCCUCAUUCUCAAACUGGAGGUACCAUUCACCACCUUGGACCUCAAAGUCCAGCUGCCACCAGUACGAAUCUUUCUACGUUGGGCAGUCCUGGUCACAUCACCACUUCCAAUCUACCUCCACAGAUCAGCAGUAUCAUUCAAGGACAGUUGGCACGCCCUAUGAUAUUUGAGAAACCUGCACAAGGUGUGGUUACAGGAGUAGGACCCACAGCUACAGCAACAUUCACCAUACCCUCCUCCAUUCCACCUUCUAGCCCGUCAAUUACUAGUCCGCCUCAAGGGAUCCCCAACAAUCCUCUUGCUCCUGCCAGCAUGAAUGCAGUCACCAUGAAGAAGCAAGCUGCCAAGAAGUUGGAGGAAAUAGCUCCUUCUACUCCAGAAAUCGCACAGCUGAGAAAGCAGUGCUUAGAACACCAUACCAAGAAGAUGGAAAGCCUUAAGGAAGUGUUCAAAGAAUACCUGAUUGAACUUUUCUUUCUUCAACACCUUCAAGGGAACAUGAUGGACUAUUUGGCAUUCAAGAAAAAGCAUUGUGUUCCCUUGUAUACUUACUUACGACAAAAUGACUUGGACCUUGAAGAUGACGAUGAUGAGGAAGAGCAGUCGGAGGUCAUUAAUGACGAGGUAAAGGUUGUCACGGGAAAGGAUGGCCAAGCAGUCACACCAGUUGCCAUAGCAACACAGCUUCCUCCCAAUGUUUCUGCAGCCUUCUCUGCUCCGCAGCAGUUUCAGGGGGCUGGUUCCGGCACCUUAACAAACCCUGGAGACAUGGAUGCCUUUAAGAGGCAACAGGCUAUGGUGCAGACAGAUCAGGCUAAGAGGCCCCGGAUUGACGUUGGUCGCCAUGGGCUGAUUUUCCAGCAUCCUGGUGUAGCUCCUUUAGGAUCACCUGGCGUUCCACUUCAGCAGCUAAUGCCGACUGCGCAAGGUGGUAUGCCACCCACUCCUCAGGCGGUCCAGAUAGCAGGACAGAAGCAGAACCAGCAGCAGUACGACCCAUCCAAAGGCCCUCCUGUACAGAAUGCUGCCAGUCUGCACACACCCCCUCCUCAGCUGCCCAGCAGGUUGCCUCAGGGAGCUCUCUCUAUGGCGGGCCUACCUAUGGCGCUCUCUCAGCAGGGUCAGUUAGUGGAGAACUCCGCUCAGCCUGGUGGGCAACUCCAGACACCAGUACAGGCAGGAGGGGCUGUUCUGGCUACGGUGAACCCCCACACACAGCUCCAGAAUCAGCUCCACCAGCAGGUGCAGCCGGGGCUUCAUAUCCAGCUACAAUCACAGCAGCAACAGUCCCAGACCAUCCUACAUGCAGGACAAGCGACGGUGACACUUGCCCGUCCCGGUACCGAUCCAAACCAGCCGGUCCAGAGAAUUGUGACCAACUCUGUGACAUUAGCAUCAGUGUCUCCUGCUUCUCUGUCCACGCCUAACUCCAAUUCAGCGUCCCUCACGGCUAAUUCUCUACGUCCUCUGGCCCCCAACACCAACCCAAGCACCCAGUCCAAACUAACUGGAACCAAUGGGUUAUCUGCUGUCAAAACAAGUGGCUUUGGUCAAAAUCCCACUGUGCCAUCCUCACAAGAAGGUUCUCAAGAUAAACAAGUGGAACAGGCCAAACUGGAAAGUCAGGUGCAUCAGCGUAUUUCUGAGCUCAGGAAGGAGGGCCAGUGGUCCGCUAGCAGACUCCCAAAGCUUGUGGAAGUUUCUCGUCCAAAGUCUCAAUGGGACUACCUCCUGGAGGAGAUGCAGUGGAUGGCUGCAGACUUUGCUCAGGAGAGAAGGUGGAAGGAGGCUGUUGCUAAAAAGCUGGUCCGCACAUGUGCACGGUACCAUCAGGAGCAGAAGCAAAGUGAAGAAAGGUCACAGAAAGAACAGGAAACUCAUCUUCGUCACAUUGCCAGCACAAUCGCACGAGAGGUGGAAUUCUUCUGGUCAAACAUUGAGCAGGUUGUGGAAGUCAAACUCCAGUUUGAAAUUUAUGAGAAGAAGCUCAAAGCACUUGGUUUACAAAAAGCCUCAGCGACGGGUAAGACGGGAGACAAAGUCGAUAAAGCGGAAGGAGCUGCAUCUGCUAAGAAAAGAAAAUCAAGCUUGUCCCUGGCUGAUGAAGAUGCUACAGAUGAGGAGAGCACCAUAGAGGAACAGGAAUUUAUGGAAGGAGAGACUGACCACAAAGCAGAACUCAGUGACCUUGCUAAAGAAGCUGAGAUGUCCCUGGAUGCUUUGAUGAAGCAGUACGCUGGCGCCUACGCUGAAGGUUUCGAGUGGCCUCGGCCUCAUAGUGACAUGGAUGACGUGGAGGAGAGUGAAGACAUGGAAUGUCCUUUAGGCAGUCCACCCGAAGCCGUGUUAAUCGACUCUCUGCUUAGCAUGGAUCAUUAUCGGGGGGCCGAUAAAUGCACGUCUGAUUCAAGUGGAAAGCCUGGCAGAAACAUCGCUGAGGUGGCUGCUGCCACAGAACUCAUCUUGCCUAAAGGCAGUCUCAGAACCACCUCCUCGACUCGCAGCCCAGCUCCUUUCCUGUUGCACGGAGUGCUACGAGACUAUCAGCAGAUCGGUGUAGACUGGCUGAUAAACCUCCACAAAAAGCAGCUCAAUGGGAUCUUAGCUGAUGAAACAGGACUUGGCAAGACAGUGCAGACAGUGGCUUACAUGGCACACUUAGCAUGCCAGGAGGGCAUCUGGGGGCCCCAUCUCAUUGUAGUAAGAACAUGCAAGUUGUUGAGUUGGGAGUUGGAGUUCAAGCGCUGGUGUCCUGGCCUCAAGAUCCUUCUAUACCUGGGCAGCAGAAAGGAACGCAGAUUUAAGAGAGCGUUGUGGGACGAAACCAAUAGCUUUCACGUGUGUGUAACAUCCUACAAGCUUCUGAUGAAAGAUCAGAGCCAUUUCAUGAGGAGUAGAUGGAGGCAUCUGGUUCUGGAUGAGGUCCAACUCAUCAGAAACAUUACAGAGAAACACUGGGAAACCAUCUUUGCUCUCAGAAG